AUCUCCGUGUGAAUGAUUGGCUGAUUUUGUUCUGACGUAGGCCUGUGUUGAUAGUUCCUAAGUUUUGAUUCUGAAAUGAUGACAGUGCAUCCAUCGCGCGCAUAGCAUUUGAUAUAAUUUCCCAUUGGAACAACACACAGAAAGAAUUAGAGUCUAAUAUUGGAGGCGAGUGGCGCGCUCAUGUUUUCAUUCAUGCCGAUGUACCGAAGAUGACUUCUUACUUCGACGAGCACGACUGUGAACCGACAGUUCCAGAGGAGCAGUACCGUCAAAAUGCUCUACUUGAACUUGCCAGAUCCCUGAUGCAGGGUCUGGACAUCGACUCAGGGACCUUCGAUGUUGAUGGAACUGGGGCCGUCUGGAACUGGGAGCAGCGUCUUCCUCCUGCUGCCUCCAAAACUGUAGUGCAAAGUCUGCCGGUGGUAAUCAUCAGUCCGGAGCAAGCAGACAAAGGUCUGAAGUGUCCGGUGUGCUUGUUGGAGUUCGAGGAACAGGAGUCGGCCCGGGAAAUGCCCUGUAAACACCUCUUCCAUUCAGGGUGCAUUCUGCCUUGGCUGGGCAAGACCAACUCCUGCCCCUUGUGUCGCUAUGAGUUACCCACUGACAAUCCUGACUACGAGGAGUUUAAGAAGGACAAGGAGAGGAGAAGACAGCGGGAACACCGAUUAGAGGAUCUACACGGGGCCAUGUACACAUAGCCUCAGCGUUCAGGAGAGACGCCCUGUUUUGCACACUCAGUUGCAGCCACGAUCACUUCAGACUGUCAACGUUUUACAAUAACAAAAAAUCAGGACCACAAGAAACCCGGGGACAUUCUUUUGAACGUGUUCUGUAUGUAAAUAGAAAAUGAUCAUUGAUGUUUUUGUUAUGCAAAUGUGUGCGAUUUAAUUUGUGACGUUAAUUUGAAGCUCCUAUGCUAAAAAUUAAAAGUAUGAUGCAGGCUGCAGAUUUAAAUAUAUUUUCAGUAUCAUUGGAUUUUUUUAGUUAACACAGCAACAUAAAGCAAAUCACACGUUGUGAAUUACAAACAGUUGUAAGAAACAUACCACACCAAUAAAACAGUAAUUUUGUUAA